UUGUUGUGUGCAGAUAACCAGCAAAAAGUCUCUCACCUCUUAUCCCUACAGGAAUUGGGUGAACUAAAAAUUUUUGGAGCAGAUUUAACUGAUGAAGGAAGCUUUGAUGCCCCUAUUGCUGGUUCUGAUAUUGUAUUCCAUGUCGCAACGCCAGUUAAUUUUGCUUCUGAAGAUCCAGAGAAUGACAUGAUAAAGCCUGCAAUCCAAGGAGUAGAGAAUGUUUUGAAAGCCUGUGCAAAAGCAAAAACAGUUAAACGAGUCAUAUUGACAUCUUCAGCUGCUGCUGUGACCAUCAAUAACCAAGAUGGAACAGGUUUGGUGAUGGACGAGAAACACUGGACUGAUGUUGAGUUUUUGUCUUCUGCAAAGCCACCAACCUGGGGGUAUCCUGUCUCCAAGACCUUGGCUGAAAGGCAUGCUUGGAAGUUUGCUCAAGAGAAUAACAUUGAUCUUAUUACUAUCAUCCCUUCUCUUAUGGCUGGUCCUUCUCUUACGCCAGAUAUUCCUAACAGCUUAAACCUUGCCAUGUCUUUGAUUUCAGGAAAUGAAUUUCUCACAAACGCAUUAAAGGGUAUGCAAAUGCUGUCAGGUUCAAUUUCCAUAGCACAUGUGGAGGAUGUUUGCCGAGCGCAUAUAUUUUUGGCUGAGAAGGAAUCUGCUUCUGGUCGAUACAUUUGUUGUGCAGUCAAUACCAGUGUUCCUGAACUUGCCAAGUUUCUCCACCAAAGAUAUCCUCAGUACAAAGUUCCAACUGAUUUUGGGGACUUCCCUUCGAAGCCCAAGUUACUGAUUUCCUCAGGGAAGCUUAUCAGUGAGGGGUUCAGCUUCAAGUUUGGGAUUGAAGAAAUUUAUGACCAAACUGUGGAGUACUUCAAGGCUAAGGGAGUGCUCUAAAUAGAAUUCAGGAUUUCCUAAUUGGUGCUUAGUGGCAAUAAAAUUUUCCUUAAUAUUUUACCUUCUACAAUAUGGCUACUGCAUUAGUGAUCUGAAAGUUGUUAAACUGUUCAGUGUGAGAUAUGUGCGCUGAAUCUGUGGGCUAAUGUGAAUGAAAUAAAUAUAAAUUUGCUA